GCCAACAUGGCGGCGCCCAGCUCUAAACACGGGAAACGUGCACCGAAACUAGUUAGGUUCUAAGUCCCGGGAAAAAGAGCUCCCCGAACCAGGCGUGGCGGGCGGAGGCCCCCUCGGAUGGCCAGUGGGAGGAUCGUUCUGUGGCUAAGCCUGACUCUCCGUCCCGCCUGUAGUGUCUGUAGAGCCCAAUUUAUGGAGGGGCCUCCCCAAGGAUCGCUGAAUACAGGGGCGAUGGAGAACGGCACCCGCCCUAACGAGGAAGAGCGCUCACCUGAAACCCAGGAGACCACGGUCACGGAGGGGUCCGCCAAGAUCGCUUUCCCCAGCGCCAACGAAGUCUUCUAUAAUCCGGUGCAGGAGUUUAAUCGAGACCUGACAUGUGCUGUGAUCACUGAGUUUGCUCGUAUACAACUGGCAGCUAAAGGAAUCCAGAUUAAGGUACCAGGGGAGAAGGACUCGCAAAAGGUGGUGGUGGACUUGUCGGAGCAAGACGAAGACAAGGCUGAACUGAAAGAGGGUGCAAGCCUGGCUUCAGGAGACCAACCUCGAACAGCCACCGCAGGGGAGAUUUGCCAGGAAGGACUUCGGGUGCUGGAGGGGCUAGCAGCCUCGGGUCUACGUUCAAUUCGCUUUGCCAGAGAGGUGCCUGGGCUCCGUUCUGUGGUUGCCAAUGAUGCCUCUGCACGAGCCGUGGAGCUAAUUCGCCAUAAUGUACAGCUCAAUGAUGUAGCCCACCUGGUACAGCCCAGUCAGGCAGAUGCCCGGAUGCUGAUGUACCAGCACCAGAGGGUGUCAGAGAAGUUCGAUGUCAUUGACCUAGACCCGUAUGGCAGCCCUGCUCCCUUCCUGGAUGCUGCGGUGCAGGCUGUGAGUGAAGGAGGACUGCUGUGUGUGACCUGCACAGACAUGGCAGUGCUGGCGGGGAACAGUGGGGAGACAUGCUACAGCAAGUAUGGGGCUAUGGCCCUCAAGAGCCGGGCUUGCCACGAGAUGGCCCUGAGGAUUGUCCUGCAUAGCCUGGACCUCCGAGCCAACUGCUACCAGCGCUUUGUGGUGCCUCUGCUCAGUAUCAGCGCAGACUUCUAUGUGCGUGUUUUUGUUCUCGUCUUCACAGGCCAGGCCAAAGUCAAGGCCUCAGCCAGCAAGCAGGCACUGGUGUUCCAGUGUGUGGGCUGUGGUGCCUUCCAACUUCAGCGCCUUGGCAAAGCGUCAGGGCCCUCUGGUGGCCGGGUCAAAUUUUCUGCAGCCUGUGGCCCCCCUGUUGGCCCUGAAUGUGAGCACUGUGGACAGCGACACCAGAUUGGUGGUCCACUGUGGGCAGAGCCUAUUCAUGACCUGGACUUUGUGUCCCGAGUCCUCCAAGCCGUGAGCACCAACCCAUCCCGCUUCCAUACUUCGGAAAGGAUCCGUGGAGUCCUGAGCGUCAUCACCGAGGAGCUCCCAGACGUGCCUCUCUACUACACGCUGGACCAGCUGAGUAGCACGAUCCACUGCAGCACUCCUAGCCUCCUGCAGCUGCGGUCAGCUCUCCUCCAUGCUGGCUUCCGAGUCUCUCUCUCCCACGCCUGUAAGAACGCCGUGAAGACUGAUGCCCCCACCACAGCCCUCUGGGACAUCAUGCGCUGCUGGGAGAAGGAGUGUCCAGUGAAACGAGAACGACUGUCAGAGACCAGCCCAGCAUUCCGCAUUCUCAGUGUGGAGCCCAGGCUGCAGGCCAACUUCACCAUCCGCGAUGAUGCCAACCCCAGCUCCCGCCAGCGAGGACUCAAGCGCUUCCAGGCCAACCCUGAAGCCAACUGGGGCCCAAGGCCCCGGGCCCGACCAGGGGGCAAAGCGGCAGACAAAGCUAUGGAGGAGAGAAGAAGGCUGCUCCAGAACAAACGGAAGGAGCCAGGGGAGGACCCAGUGCAACGGGCUGCUCGCCUCAAAACAUUUCCCUGCAAGAGGUUCAAGGAGGGAAUCUGUCAACGUGGGGACCAGUGCUGCUAUUCCCACACCCCUUCAACACCUGAGGCUACUGCUGAAGUCACCACCACGGACUGUUUGGAGACCCCUAACCAAAAUCCCCCAGGCCCGUGUCCAACACUAGGCCAGACAUAAACUGAGUCAAUAAAGAGAU